CACUUCCGGCGUGCUUUCCCCUCCUCUUGCGCUCUCAUGUUAAUGGCGGGUGGCGUCUGCUGAGGGGGACGCAAAUAACCGCUACCGGCAAGGGAAAGUCUCCUUGCCUGCCCCACUUCCAUUCUCCGCAAGUAUUCGAGCUCGCCAGCAUGUCCGUGGUGCCGCCUAAUCGCUCACAAACCGGCUGGCCCCGGGGAGUCAACCAGUUCGGCAACAAGUACAUCCAGCAGACUAAGCCCCUCACCCUGGAGCGCACCAUCAACCUGUACCCUCUUACCAAUUAUACUUUUGGUACAAAAGAGCCCCUCUAUGAGAAGGACAGCUCUGUUGCAGCCAGAUUUCAGCGCAUGAGGGAGGAAUUUGAUAAAAUUGGAAUGAGAAGGACUGUAGAAGGGGUUCUGAUUGUACAUGAGCAUCGGCUACCACAUGUGUUACUGCUGCAGCUGGGAACAACUUUCUUCAAAUUACCUGGUGGUGAACUUAACCCAGGAGAAGAUGAAGUUGAAGGACUAAAACGCUUAAUGACAGAGAUACUGGGUCGUCAAGAUGGUGUCCUGCAAGACUGGGUCAUUGAUGACUGCAUUGGUAACUGGUGGAGACCAAAUUUUGAACCUCCUCAGUACCCGUAUAUUCCUGCACAUAUUACAAAACCUAAGGAACAUAAGAAGUUGUUUUUGGUUCAACUUCAAGAGAAAGCUUUGUUUGCAGUCCCUAAAAAUUACAAGCUUGUAGCUGCACCAUUGUUUGAAUUGUAUGACAAUGCACCAGGAUAUGGACCCAUCAUUUCUAGUCUCCCUCAGCUUCUGAGCAGGUUCAAUUUUAUAUACAACUGAAUUCCUGCACAGUGGAGAAGUAAAAGAAGCCGUCUCUGUGAGCACAGCUAUACACAGUGUAGAAUAAAUAUGGUAGAAAAGUUUUUUUUGGGUUUUCUCUCUUUCCCAAUCCCUAAAUUGCUGCCUACUUUCUGUUGUUUGAAUAGUAAAGUUAAUAUGAAGAACUAGAUGGUGGUGUAAACAAAUGUGGUAAUGUUUAAUUUACUUUUGGUUCUACUCAUACUUUUUUGUACAACAUUAAAGAAUAUGAACUUCUUUCUAUUUGUAUUUUUUUUUUCUUUUUUUAAUUUUCACAUUAAACUUGUAAAAUUCUUACA